AUAUCAGGGCUUUUAUCUUGCAGAGCUAUAAACCCUAAAUAAAACAUACACACCCCCGAUAAAUAUAAAGAGAAUCUCUAUUAGGGUUUGCUUUUUCAAUAAAAAAGGAUGUCGAAUUUGGAUAUGUCACUCGAUGAUAUGAUAAAACAAAACAAGAAAUCAAGAGCAAGUAAUUCCGAUAACCAAUCAAGAUCCAGAUCUCGUAAUUCGGGUCCUGGCCCUUCUCGCCGCUUACCCAAUCGAGCCUCCAAUCGAUCAACACCAUAUGGUGCUCAAAAGCAGGUUGAAGCACCGGAUACAACAUGGGGGCACGACAUGUAUGAAGGUCAUGGUGCAGCACACCCUGCAAGAUCAAACAGGGGGUCUUUUGGAAUCGAGACAGGCACAAAGCUUCUUAUAACUAACUUGGAUUAUGGUGUUUCCAAUGAGGAUAUCAAGGAGCUAUUUGCAGAGGUUGGUGACAUGAAACGGGCAAUGGUACAUUACGAUAGGAGUGGCAGAUCAAAGGGAACGGCAGAAGUAGUGUUUUCACGACGCAGGGAUGCGGAGAUGGCUAUCAAGAAGUAUGAUCAUGUUCAAUUAGAUGGAAAGCCCAUGAAGCUUGAGUUAGUAGGAACAAAUAUGGGAAACAAUGGUGGUGGUGCUGUACCAAAUGCUGCCGGUAUGAUGUACGGGAACCAAAGUGUUGCACCCAGAAGAGGUGGUGUUAUGGGGAGACUUAGAGGUGGUGCUCGAACAAUGAGGCCACAGGGAGGAGGCGGUGGUGGUGGUGGUAGGGGCAGGGGAAGGGGCCGCGGGGGGGAACGUGGUGAGAAGGUGUCUGCUAAAGAUCUUGACGCAGAUUUGGAGAAGUAUCAUGCCGGAGCUAUGCAAACAGAUUAAGAAGAACCUCGAUACAUUGGUGAGAUGGGGGUCUGGUGUUUCCAAGUGAUGGAUGGAGAACUGUUUGUAUUUCUGGGGGUUUUUUCUUUCCUUUUUUGCUUACAGAACCAUAUGUGAAAACAGAUGCGUUUUUAUUUGUCUUCCGCAUUAGGACAAUGUUCAUGAGAAUGUAAUGUUUGAUAUGCUGAAUGUUUUAUUUAUUAGAAUGAUUACUUCUUAUUAUUGGAA